AUGUUUUACGAAAGAACAGAAAGCGCAACUGCAAUCAAACAGGAUCUAACCCUCGAGGUUGCGUGUCACGUAACAGACAUGAAAGUCGACAUCAUUCCCGAAUACUAUCGAUCUAAGAAAUGGUAUUCACAAGUGCCAAGUGUCUCCGAACGCGCACAUACGAGAGCGCGAGAAUUGAUCGAGCGGUCGUCUGCUCAACAUUUGUCUUUGCAAGAAGUGGAGCCGAGUUCCAAGAACCAGACACACGAUGUCAAUCCAGCAUGGAAGAGAAUGGAUUCUCAGGACGGUGAAUGGCAUUCAUACUUCAAGGAUCAGCCCUACAGCAAUAGAACAACAAGAGAACUGCUUCCAGCGGCGUUAGAGGCCACAAGUCUUGCAAUGAAAAGAGGCAAAUGUGGCAUAGUCGAUCUACCUUUCCGCCCUCUGUUCUGCACUGGUUCAAAGGUCAAAAAACAAGUUCAUUUCUACUAUGGGCCAGUCUCGAACAUUGAAAAUAUCAGAUCCGCACUAGCGAAAUGUGGGAAAGAGCCUCAACUGUUGAACAUGUUAUAUGAGUUGAUGGAGAAGCAACAAGUCCACCUAAACUCGCGAACACGUAAAGAUGACGAUUUGUAUUUCAGCAAAAUUGACGGCGACACGGUCGAAACGACUUGUCCUUGUGGCAAUUACAGGUAG